AUGUGUAUUCAUGUUUCCUCGGAUCAAGCCCCUUCACAACGACAUGCUCACUCGGAACUGAACAAAGAAGGAACAACAGAUUUUGGUGACGCAGGUUAUAGGUUUUAUGGCAUUGGACUUCUUCACUUUUGUGAGAACUGUAUCUCUUCUCUCCAUCACUACAGACUAACCGAUAUGUCUGAAACAUUCUAUGUGGGACUAUUAUCUGCAAUUUGGGCAUCAAAUACGAGCGAGGAAAAGAAAAUAAAAGAAGUAAGCCCUGCAGCUGUCUUUUCUGUCCGAGAUGCACACAGCAAUGAAAUUUGCUACCAAACAGUUUCGAUGCCACUACAAAACAUUGUAAAAGGAACGCAUGAUGUUGUUGCAACACUGAUUCCUGAGCAAUACAAACCAAGCAGUAGUGAAGCCAAGACACAUAGUAUCCUUGGCAGGCCACUGUAUAUUACUUGCAAUGCAAAUGGUGAUUUUCUAUGGACAGGUAAGUAAUUUAAUUAUUUCGAUUUCCAAUGAACAUUCGAACUGUACAGUAUGGUAUCAGUGUACCAUGCAGCACGUUAUUCGUACUUUUUAAUGUUGGUGUACCACUAAAUUUAUAGCGUUAUUGUCAAUCAGCAUCAUAGUUAAUAGACAAAUAAGGUUUAGAAACUGAUAUGAUAUAUUGAACUUAAAUGUAAUCAAUUGAGUUUUCUAACCUUGUCUAUUUAUUACUUAUAUGGCAGUUUACGAUUACCCUGGUAAAAUUUACUGUAUACAGUAAAGUGCAACAAAGCCUGAUUUUUUUCACUUCUUGCUUUAUGAUGUUAGAGUCAUUUUCAUAUAUGCAAGAAUAGAUAAAUUGAUUGGGUAAAACAUUGCACAAUGGUAUAACGAUCAUCUCGUAUCUCGUAUAAUCAUUAUGGCACAUUUGCAUGGUUUUCAGGGGUGGAAAAAGUAUUUUUUUGAGUUGAGAGUUUUGCAGAAAAUUUUCCAGAAAUUAUUUUUCACCCUGCUCGGUUUCCUUUGUUCUUGUCGGGGAAUAUAUUCAAUAUUCCACUCUAAUCAAUUUCCAUUUAAUAAUCCCCUCUAAUAUUCACCUGCAAUUAAUAAUCCCCUCUAAUAUUCACCUGCAAUGUCUUAGCAGCACAAAAAAAUGAGAAAAAAACAACAUAACGAAGGCAAUAUGACAUUAAGAAUUAUUUCUAUUCUUACUCAUUAAUGCGACCUCGCAGUGUGAAAAAUAAGUACGUUAUUUUGAGGCACCUCAGGGAUAUGUGUUUAUUCACCUCGGCACUUUGCGCCUCGGUGAAUAAAUCACAUAUCCCCUCGUUGCCUCAAAAUAACCUAUACAUAUUUCAACAUUUUGAGAUAACUCUGUUUACUCAACUUACAAGUUACAACUUAUUCUACUUUAUUUACACUGUACAUGCUAACAUCAGCAGCUUUUAAAUAUUUGACAGAAAUGAAUUCUUUUACCCACCCUGCCAUCACAAUGACUGGUAAAAUGGUAAAUAUAUGCUCUGCAAAGUCUCCAAUAAAAUGCACAUUAAAUAGUAAACAAAUAAAAGUGAUGGAAUAAAUAAGAUGAUAGGACACUUAGUUAAGCGUUAGAUCCUUACUAUGUUUGUGAUGUUAUUCUGAGUGUGUAUCCACACCGGGCAAGCUUGAAAAAUAUGCCUGGCCACGGUGGGAAUCAAACCUACGACCUUUGGAAUACUAGCCCAAUGCUCUGGCAGCUGAGCUACGCGGUAAGGUCGGUUCGAGUAUGUGAUAUUUCAGAACUGAGUUUAGUUCCUUCGACAUGAAUGUAAUCUAAAAAUCAUGAUUUUUUGCGUUGGUGUUGUGUACUCAGGUGAAUACGAUGUUUGUGAUGUUACUCUGAGUGUGUAUCCACACCGGGCAAGCUUGAAAAAUAUGCCUGGCCAUGGUGGGAAUCGAACCUAUAUGACCUUUGGAAUACUAGAUUACAUUGAUGUCAAAGGAACUAAACUCAGUUCCAAAAUAUCACAUACUCAAACCGACCUGACCACAUAGCUCAGUUGGCAGAACAUUGGGUUAGUAUUCCAAAUGUUAUAGGUUCGAUUCCCAUCGUGGCCAGACAUAUUUUUCAAGUUUGCCUGGUGUGGAUAGACACUCAGAGUAACAUCACAAACAUGAUAUUCACCUUAGUACAUAACACCAACACAGAAAAAAUCAAGAUCCUUCAUAACUCAUUCGUCAUAACUCAUAACUGUGGUAUAUAUCAGACAACUAUUGUGAUGUACAAGCGUAUGAAAACCAGCUUAAAGCCCAUUAUUACUGAAGUACAAAUAAUACAAUAAUUAUGCAUUUGUUUUGUUAUUUUUGUAAUUGUAACAUUACAAAUAUUACAGAAAAUUUCUAGCCUUCGACCCAGGUUCCCAGAAAGAAAAAAAAUUUUUCCACCCCUGAUGGUUUAUUGGUUUUAUACACGGUGUGCCUCUAAACUGUACAGUACUACGUUCAGUAAGUUACAAAAUGUACACUUACAGUAGUUAGACUCCUGUCUUGUUUACUAAAGCUUGUUAUUUAUAUUUUUACUAGAUGGUUUCUUCGAAUGUGUGGGUAUGGGAAAUAGACACAUUCCAACAAAAUGUUCUGUUAUUGGGAAAUUUGAUUGUCCAGGUAGAUACUUGUCAUUGACAUUGUUUUUAUACAAACAUAAUUGUCCAAGACAGCUCGUUCCCUUUUAGGUGAUUUGGCUCAGUCAAUGACACACAGCCUCAGUAUAAAUGUGUCAAAUCUAUGAAUCUGUCAUUUGACAAUUUAUGUCCAUUGUCGUGCAAGUGCAAAGUGUUGGACAAUGUUAAUGCGAUUAAUGUACAAUGUAUUAAAUCUGCAUGUUCUAUUACACCUGGCCUCUAAUUACAUGCCCUUUCUUGCAGGUCCUGCUCAUGAUAAUCCGAUUAUAUCUUCAAAAGCAUCAUUCAGAUACCCUGCUGGCACUGAUGUUCUCAAAGAUGAACCUGGUAAAAACGAAAUGUUUUAA